ACAAUCUAAGGCUCACGCCCAGCUCUCUGAAGCCCGGUUUCUGCUAGUUCCUGUGUGGUUUGCCUACAGACUGCUGGGCUGACUGGGGGUAGUUUGGAGGAGGGAGAAAGAAGUAAGGCAGGAGGAGGCACUAUUAAUGAAUCUGUGAACUUGUACCCUGUUUUAGUGUGGUCCUUGGAAGGCAGCACAAGGUGGAUCUGUCCUCUGAAAUGCAGUCAUUUUGAUGUUUGACUUCAUCUUCCUUCUUGGAAGAGAAGAUACUAUUAACUCGGUGUCAAAGCCAAGACAUAGACUCAACCUCUUCUCUUCAAAAAGCUUCACGUCACAACAUGGAAGCCAUUGCCAAGUUUGACUUCACUGCCUCAGGUGAGGAUGAACUGAGCUUUCACACUGGAGACGUUCUGAAGAUCUUAAGUAACCAAGAGGAGUGGUUCAAGGCGGAGCUUGGGAGCCAAGAAGGAUAUGUGCCCAAGAAUUUUAUAGACAUCCAGUUUCCUGAAUGGUUUCAUGAAGGUCUCUCGCGACACCAGGCAGAGAACUUACUUAUGGGCAAGGAGGUUGGUUUCUUCAUCAUCCGGGCCAGCCAGAGCUCCCCAGGGGACUUCUCCAUUUCCGUCAGGCAUGAGGAUGAUGUUCAGCACUUCAAGGUCAUGAGAGACAACAAGGGUAAUUACUUCCUGUGGACAGAGAAGUUUCCAUCUCUAAAUAAGCUGGUGGACUACUACAGGACGACUUCCAUCUCCAAACAGAAGCAGAUCUUUCUGAGGGACAGAACCCGAGAGGAUCAGGGUCACCGGGGCAACAGCCUGGACCGGAGGCCCCAGGGAGGCCUGCACCUCAGUGGGACUGUGGGAGAAGAAAUCCGGCCUUCGAUGAUCCGGAAGCUGUCGGACCACCCGGCACCCCCUCCCUCACCUUACCCGCCAGCGCCCCCAGCCCAGCAGCACCGCUACCUGCAGCACCCUCAUUUCCAUCAGGAACGCCGAGGAGGCAGCCUUGACAUAAACGACGGGCACUGUGGCCUGGGCGUGGGCAGCGAAGUGAAUGCCGCCCUCAUGCACCGGAGACACACAGACCCCGUGCAGCUCCAAGUGGCUGGGCGAGUGCGGUGGGCCCGGGCGCUGUACGACUUUGAGGCCCUCGAGGACGACGAGCUGGGAUUUCGCUGUGGAGAGGUGGUCGAGGUCCUGGACAGCUCCAACCCGUCUUGGUGGACCGGCCGCUUGCACAACAAACUGGGCCUCUUUCCUGCCAACUACGUGGCACCCAUGAUCCGAUGAGGCCCUUCUGGGGGGUCAGAGGCUUUUGUCUGAAGCUGCCUGCACAAGAGGGACAAGGAAGAAAAGCUGGAACUAUCUACACAUACGUGUAUAUGUGUGUGCACACAUACACACACACACAUCUAUGCCUAUGUGUACACACAUUUUAUAAUAGUAAUUUAUUGGCAAUUUUGUUGGUUACUUAGUUGAUAUGAAAGGAAGUCAGGUGGAGAAUUAUAUUCAUACCUGUUUUUCUGCUCCCCUUCAGCGGUGUGUGGAAGGCAGUGGGAAAGCUGGCAAGGGGGGCGCAGGGACAUGAAACUCAAAUUCUUCCUGUCUUCCUGUCUUUAAGAUGGCUCUGCUUCCUCCUGGCCUUGGGAAUGUUCCCUGAGAGUAGCGAAGCAGAGAUCCACACCCCGGGGUUGGACGCCGAGCAACAGGGUGGGGCAGGACUGCACGGGGCACGUUUCAGCUCACCUCCAAGCCUGGGUGGGUUUGCAGGGCAGCUUCCCUCCCAUUCUACAAGGGUGGGCGCUGCUGGGUUAGAAAUAAAGGUGCGGCCGCUCAGGGCUGAGCUGGGAGCGGGAAGGUCUGCGAAGGCAGGACUGGAGAGCUGGCGUCCUGAAGCCUGGGCAAGGCUGGCCUCCCGCUCCCCGCUCAGCAGAGAACUUCACCUCCCUCCAGCGAGCGUUCCUCAGCGAAUCCUCUUCCCUGUGGCUGACAUGGAGAAACAGAGACCCCAAGGAGCCAAGCCCUGGGAGAUGGAGGGAUUUUCACAAAUUCCCAGUGGCUUACUUGGGUGUAACCUCUGUCUCCCCGGAUACCAAGAAAGCGGCCUCUGAGAUUCUGUAAAAUGCUUAAGAGAAGCCCCCGGCUGAGAAACCUGGAUUUUUGAGCCCUUGUUUUCUGGCCACAGGGGUGUCUCAUUGGGUCUCUAUUUCUUUUCCUGUGUUUUGAGGAUGCUUUGCUCAGUGGCACAGAGAGAAGCCCACGCCACAAGAGCAUCGACUAGCUAUUGUUGAUGCGCUGAUUGACUGAGCAUGACCCUGGGUGGGAGCCGGCUUUGCCAUGAGCUUCCUGUUGGACCUGGCUGUUGAGUCACUGCUGGCAGCCCUCACUGCCAACACCCCCCCCAAGACCUGCACGUGGGGCAAGGGACCCCAAUACCACUGUCUCUCCUGCCACCUCAGAAUAGAAUUGUAUUUCCCCUGGGGCUGUGGGUAUGAAGCACAGACUGGCCAGGCUGGGGAGAAGAGACACCGGAGAAGGAAACUCAGUGUUUUGGUGGAUCCCGGGAGCAAACACGCCUGCACCGAGGGCCCUGAGAAGAGGGUGUGUGUGUGUAAUGAGGCCUAAAUGAAAGGGCGGGGUGCCCAUGUUGGCGACGACGGAGCAUGGGGGUGAGGUGGGCCCCUUCCUUUAUCAUCUCCCCCAGCCCUUCUUGCUCUAAGGAGUGACAGGGGCAGCCAUUAUCGAGGGUGAUAGGAGGAGAAGAAAGAGUUUCUGACUCAGAAGUAACUGUCAGUGUAACGUAGGCUGUGUCCCUUUGACUCUGAAUUCUAUGAUUCUGUGAUCCCUGUGUUGCCUUUAGAGAGGAAGGGAAAAAGAAGGCACUCUGCGGUGAGUCUUGGGAGGGAAGAGAAAAUAGCCCUGAGAGGUGGGGGGGAGUGGAGCGAGAGUGAGGAGCCUUUAGCAGUGAAAGCACGGAAAGGGAAAGGUAGCAAAGACAUUUCAAAAGAUCAAGGAGCAGCCUGAGAGGCACAAAGGGAGGGAAAGGAGGCAAGAUGUUAAGUGGGGCAGGUGAGGAAGACAUCCGAGUAGGAGUCCACAGGCAGACAAGCAGAGGAAGGAGGGAGGGAGCAGGUGGGGAGGGAGGAAUUAGAGCAGAGACAUGCGUGCUGGGGAAGGCAGGGGUGAAGAGGAAAGAACAGGGAGAAAGGAAAGCAAGGCAAAGAAGACCUAAGAGCUAUUUUGGUGCUAGGUAAUGUGAACAUGUUACAGUAAAUAAAAGCCAAAAGUGAUGUUUGAUUUUACAGUAUUUACAAA